UGCAACGGCACAUGCGCAGUGGGUACGCCUCGCCCGGGCCGGCCUCCUCCGCCUCUCGCUUGCGCCGCCGCUCGCCCUCCCCCUCACGGCGGCGGGGCCGCCACCACAGCCAGCGGCUGGAGGAGGAGGAGAGGGAGAAAGGGAGCAGGUCCGGAGGCUCUCUUGGGUACCCCCAGCGGCGAGGCGGGUGAGGGGGAAGAUGGCGACGCUGGGAGGCGAAUCGCAGCCCUUCCCCGCUGCUGCUCUGGCGGCGGCAGCGGCCGGAGUGGGCGGCGGCGGCGGCGGCAGCGGGUCGCUGGGUUUGCAGGCGCCGCUGAACCGCGGUCUGGAGCGGGCGUUGGAGGAGGCAGCGCACUCUGGGGGGCUCAACCUGAGCGGCAGGAAGCUGAAAGAGUUCCCGCGUAGUGCCGCCACCCUCAGUCACGACCUUUCCGAUACGGUGCGGGCAGAUUUAUCCAAGAAUAGAUUAACUGAGGUUCCUACAGAGUUGUGCCAUUUUGUGUCCCUGGAAACACUAAAUCUAUACCACAAUUGUAUUAAAAUGAUACCAGAUGCCAUAGUAAACUUGCAAAUGCUAACUUACUUAAAUUUGAGUCGAAAUCAGCUUUCUUCCUUGCCAGCUUGCCUGUGUGGUCUGCCUCUAAAAGUCUUAAUUGCAAGUAACAAUAAGCUAGGUUCCCUUCCAGAAGAGAUAGGUCAGCUAAAACAGUUAAUGGAACUGGAUGUCAGCUGUAAUGAAAUCACAACUUUGCCACAGCAGAUAGGCCAGCUGAAAUCUUUAAAAGAACUGAAUGUCAGAAGAAAUUACCUCGAAGUUUUACCCCAAGAACUAGUGCAGCUUCCCUUGGUAAAAUUUGACUUCUCCUGCAAUAAAGUGCUUGUGAUACCGAUUUGUUUUAGAAAGAUGGUGCAAUUACAAGUAUUACUGCUUGAGAAUAAUCCUUUGCAGUCUCCACCAGCACAAAUUUGUACAAAGGGCAAGGUGCAUAUAUUCAAAUACCUGACUGUACAGGCCUGUCAGAUUAAAACAGCAGACUCACUGUAUCUUAAUGCCAUAGAACAGCAGCAUUUGCCUCAGCCUGUGGAAGAGAGCAUUGAUGACAUCUACCCAAGUAAAAAGGACUCAGAUUCAGGUGUUGGUAGUGAUAAUGGUGAUAAACGUUUGUCUGCAACAGAGCCAUCUGAUGAAGAUACUAUCAGCUUUAAUGUUCCCAUGUCAGACAUUGUGGAAGAAGAUCAGGUUCUAAAGGAAGAUUCAGGUCACCAUGCUAACUCAAGAAAAGUAGAAUUCCAUCAAGGAUCUUCUCAUUUGAUUGUCAAUGAUAAGUCAAGAGGAACAGGAAGCCAGUUUGAUGAGUCGGAUACGCUUACUACUGAAUUUAUGAGCUACAUUAAGAGCAGAGCAGCAGAGUGUGAUGAAUUAUUGAGAAUAGAAGAGGACACACAAUGGCAAACAGACGAAAUAAUAAAUUUAUCAGAAGAACAAACUCUUGAUAUAGCAAUGAUAGAGCAACUCAGAGAAGCAGUAGAUUUAUUACAAGAUCCCAACAGACCUUGCAGAUUAAGCAUGGAUAUUUCAGAGAGCAGUGGUGUGAAUCUGUAUCCCAUGGAACCAGCAACAGCUUUAGAAUUUCAAGAGUCUACAGUAAACAGUCAAAUGCAGAUGGAGAUGUCUUCCCUUGGUCAGAGAGAAAAUGCUGAAGAGGAACUAGAAUUUCAGAGGAGGAGAGAUUUGAUUAUGGAGAAAGCAAAGCCCUGUGAACAGGGUGAAAAAUGGUCGUUGAAUCAGCAGAAUGACCUAAUUGUUUGGAAUACAAGUGGGCAAACCUCUCACAAUGAGAACAAGGAUAAAAGUCCAGCAAUGUCUCCUACUGCAAACACCACAAUCCCUUUUGGCCUGAAGCCACGAUCAGACCCAUCCCUCAGUCUUCCUCCUAUCUCCUUCAACACACUUACACAGGCACAAACAUGGGACAACUUUAGCUACAGUAUCCCAUCUGAAGGAGACAGUGACAAUGUGUUCUUAAGACCACAGAGAAAUCUGGAAUCCAUAGACCCACAAUUUACAAUCCGGAGGAAGAUGGAACAGAUGAGAGAAGAGAGGGAGCUCGUGGAACAGCUGCGUGAGAACAUUGAAACAAGGCUAAAGAUUUGUUUGCCUGAAGACUUGGGCUCUGCUCUGAUGGAUGGUGUAGUUCUGUGCCAUUUAGUGAAUCACGUUCGCCCUCGGUCUGUAGGAAGCAUACAUGUACCUUCACCAGCAGUACCUAAACUUAGCAUGGCCAAAUGCAGGAGAAAUGUGGAAAACUUUCUGGAUGCAUGUAGAAAGCUGGGGAUUCCAGAGGAGAAGCUCUGCCUACCACAUCAUAUCCUAGAAGAAAAGGGCUUGGUAAAAGUGAGCCUAACAGUUCAAGCAUUGCUAGACGUAACUACAGUGAAACAAGCUUUGUUCACGUGAAGCUGCACUCUCUGCUGUUACCAGCUCCACUGUGCCACCAGAGAAUCAAACCACUGCCCAUCUUUCCAAGCUGCGCUGCAAAGAGCCGGGAGCGCAGUGCUCCAGGAGUAUCCUUACACCUCUGAGGUUAAAGCUGUCCCUACCUGUACGUCCAACUGCCAACCAGAAACAUUUUCUAGAGCAAACUGACGCUUCACUGCUUUUAUAGCUCACUUUGUACAGUACUUAACUAAACAGCCACCUCUCUGCCACUUAAAGUGUGCAGUACACAGCUGUCUUGCAGCAAGAUACCUUUUAUUAUUCAACUAAGAAUCAUUGUAAUCAACUGGGAGUGGGGGGGAGGGGAGGAGGAGCAGGGAGAGUAAAUCAGACCUGUACCACAUUAGGUUUUUCUGCAGUCGCUUCAGGCUAUUGCCUUUUAAAGCUAUCCAGACCCAAAAUAUUUAUAAAUAUUAUUUAUUAGUGAGUUGUUAUUCAUCCUUUGGAUGCAAACUGUAAAUUAGGAAACUGUAUUUUAUUACUGCUUUUUUGUGGUUAAACACUUUAUUUUAAUAUAAAUAUUUGGUUAUUUUUUAUUCUACUCGGUGUGCAGUAGCUCUAGAUCUCCUUAAAUCCUAUUUUCUAAUAUGUAAGAUAAAAAGCAAACAAAAUAGGUGCUUAUUAUUACAAGAACAGCUAGCUGGAAUGGCAGGCUUUGUUUCUUGAAUUUGGGGAGCAUUGGUAAAAAUCAAGUCUGCAUUCCAUUUGAGUUUCUUACAUUCCAGGAGCACUUUUCUCUCCCACUACACUAGAUUGGCUGAAACUGAAAGCACACCCCGUUUAGCUGUAUAUAGAUGUUUCAAAAGAGGGGGGAAAGGGAAAAAAAAGGACAGGAAAAAAAAUAGGAAAGAUGUAAACUUGAAAAAGAAAUGUGAAGAAAUAUUUUUGAUUGCUUAUUUUACUAUGCACGAGGCACCUGCCUUUUGCCACAGGGAAGUGAAUGAUGCGCAGUAGGAUCCACGUGUCUUGGCAUCUGAUUUUGCACUGUCACUUGAUUUUCUUUGCAAGGCUGCAACACUACAGAACGAAUAUUGGAAAACAGCACAAGAACAUUAUCAAGAAGAUUUUCCAGGUAGCCAAAAAGUUUGAAUUUUUUUUCCAGUGAUUACUUCAGGAAGAGAUAAAAAUUGCUAAAAUUGCCAAAGGCAACCUCAAAGACCUGAUCUUGCACGUAAAACCUGCUGGGCAAAGUGCUUCUCUCAUUUUCUGGCAUCCUUAAGCACAACCUUCUGUAGUGAUUGGUUGCAGGAUCAGACUUCUAAUGCCAGGUCAGCAAUAGAAAAUAAGGCUCUUAUCACUACUUUAAAGCAGUAGUGAUAAGUACUUAGCACUACUUUUAUUAGAAGCAUAAUUUCUUACUAAACCGUCAAAGUUCCAGCACCGUGUUUCUCACACCGCCUGGAACAUCUGUUUCUCUUCUCAGAGGAGAAGCUUUAGUGAUGUAACUUCAAGCAGGACAGGUAAGGUGCAUGUGGUGGAAAGGUUCUGGCUGACAGGGGUCAGUGGUGCACGCACAGCUUGUCUGAAAUGCAGAAUGGCAAAAAAAGAGGGCAGUGGGGAGACAAAGCAUUCAAGCAAGAGAACGUGGAGAGAACUGUUGCAUAAAGAUUCUUUGGUGCUUGUCACUACUAUGAGUAUCUAGGCGAAGCUCCACAGAGAAUCAUGGAACCAUUUAGCCCUUUUAAGACCAUUGAAUUCAGCUACGUUCACAGACACACCAGGAUUCCAGUAGGAGGGUUUUAGUAGUUAAUGCCAUAUUUGAAUGCAGACUAUGCAUUUUAACACCACCAACUGCCAGUGUGCUGGCAUGAACUGACAGCAACCUGUCUGGAGGAGGAAAGCAGGCUCACAGGCAGGGAGACUGUACUGUGAGUGGCAUCUCCAGUUACUUCAACCAAAGCAAAGAAGUGUUUAUUUUACAGAGGGAACAUUGACUUAAAAUUGUGAUUCUGAUUGGCAGCUAGCAGAUCGUUUCCUAUAAAAGUACUGUGCACUUUAACACUAAAUUAAAAUGUAUUUUAGUAUUUUACAGAGCUGCACAAAUAAAUACCUGUUUUGUCAAAAAAAAAGCACGAGCAAUGUAAAGAAAGUAACUUUUCAAGUCAGAGUUUAUCAAAGUUUAAAAGCAUUCAAAGGUGGAGUAUUAAAAAAUAGGAAUGUUGAUUUCUGCAUCUUGAGGAAUAAAAUGCAGGUUUCCUGAGUAUUUUUUUACCAUGUAUAUAUCUGGCAACACGAAGCUUUGUAAGUAUUAUUUUGACAAAUCUUGGGUUUUCAUAAUUAAAGUUUUGUUUUUCCUCUGCUUUUACUGUCUUUCAGUCUUUGCUGUAAAUAAACAGGCUCUAAGUAUUUUGUAA